AUGCGUGUGUUGAGCACAAAAAAUUGUGUCAGCGCUUAUAUAUUUGUUGCUACAUCUUGCAGAUACCUUCCUGAACCAGAUAAUAUGGUAGUUUUAGAUGCUGCAUACGUGAUUUAUAUGCAAUUUAAAGAUUUUCCCAGGGCACUUCAAAUUGCACUCUGCCUUGACAAAUUAGAGUACGUAAAUCAGGUGCUUACAUCUUGUGAUGAUCUGCUGCAAAAGAAGCAAUGUUGUUACAUCCUUGCUCGACAUAGUAUUGCAUUUGAGCUUGAUGAAGAUUUGGCUGCAGAUGAUAGAGACAGGGAGGUACUGCAAGAAAUCAUCAACAAUAGUAAAUUGAGUGAAGGUUAUCUUACUCUUGCUCGUGAUAUAGAGGUCAUGGAACCCAAGUCUCCUGAAGAUAUUUACAAGGCACAUUUACUUGACGGUCAGCCUGGUGCUGGGGCAAAUGUUUAUUCCUCCCGAAAGAAUCUAGCAGCAACAUUUGUCAAUGCAUUUGUCAAUGCAGGAUUUGGACAGGAUAAAUUGAUAACCUGCCCAUCAGAAUCUUCAAGUGGUGGUUCGUCAUCAAACUGGCUUUUUAAGAAUAAAGAACAUGGGAAGACCAGUGCUGCAGCGAGUCUGGGUAUGAUUCUGCUUUGGGAUGUUGAUUCUGGAGUUGCCGAAAUAAACAAAUAUCUCGGCUCCAAUGAUAACUAUGUAAUUGCAGGCGCAUUAUUAGGUGUCGGGAUUCUCAACUGUGGUAUCAAGGAUGAUCGUGAUCCUGCAUUAGAACUUCUUGUUGACUAUGUAAAUAAAGAUGAUUCUUCUAUCAGAAUUGGUGCAAUAAUGGGCCUGGGCCUUGCAUACGCAGGCACUCAGAAUUUUCUGAUACGUAGGAAACUGACUCAUAUCCUUGGAGAUUCAUAUGCACCCCUUGAUGUGAUAGCAUUUGCAGCUAUCUCCCUGGGAUUAGUAUUUGUGGGUUUCGGUGAUGAAGAGGUCAACUUCGCAAUCACAUCUGCGUUGCAGUACCGAAGUCAGUCAGAACGGGGGCAUCCCCUCCUUCGACUUUUUCCGCUUGGCCUUGGUCUGCUUUUCCUUGGGAAGAAGGAUUUUCUGGACCCUACUGAGUUUUCAAAGAGUUUUGAUGUCAAAAUCAGAAAAUAUUGUGAAAUGACCCUGCUUUCUUGUGCCUAUGCUGGAACUGGGAACGUCCAACACUUACUGGAUGAGUGUGUACAUCAUCUCAAGAAUGGUGGAGUCUACCAGGCACCUGCUGUACUUGGAAUUGCUAUGGUAGCAAUGGCUGAAGAACUAGGCCUUGAAAUGGCAAUUCGUUCUUUGGAGCAUCUUUUGCAGUAUGGCAAGCAGUACAUCCGAAGGGCAGUUCCUUUGGCUCUUGGUCUCCUCUGCAUAUCAAACCCAAAGGUCAAUGUUACCGACACUUUAAGCCGACUUAGCCAUGAUACCCGUGGAGAAGUAGCAAUGGCUGCCAUCAUCUCCUUAGGUUUGAUAGGCGCAGGAACUAACAAUGCCAGAAUAGCUGGCAUUCUUCGCAAUCUUUCAAGUUUUUACUACGAAGAAGCCAACCUUCUAUUCUGUGUGCGCAUUGCUCAAGGUCUUGUACAUUUGGGGAAGGGGUUGUUGACUCUUUCUCCGUAUCACUCUGAACAGUUUCUACUAUCCCCGACGGCUCUGGCUGGACUUGUAACUUUUCUGCAUGUGUGUCUUGACGGGACUAUGAUCUUGGGGAAAUAUCACUACGCUGUGUACUUCCUUGUUUUGGCAAUGCAGCCGAGGAUGCUGAUGACUGUGGAUGAAAAUCUGAAGUUGCUGUGCGUGCCAGUCCGGGUGGGCAAAGCUGUCGAUGUUACUGGUCUGCCAGGUCGACCCAAGACCAUCACUGGUUUCCAAAACUUCCUAACACCUGUUCUUCUAGCUGCUGGCGAUAGAGCAGAACUUGCUACUGAAAAGUAUAUUCCACUCUCACCCAUUCUUGAAGGUUUUGUCAUCUUAAAAGAGAAUCCAGAUUACAGAUAUGAUCACUAGCUGAUAUUCAUGAGGGACGGUCGAAUUUCACUCAAAUUGUACAUUCUCCAGAACCAUAGAAUCGGGCCUAACGGCUAGCUUAUCCACUGGAUUGUGUGGAUUAUAAAGCAUUUGAGUUGUUUUUUGCUUCAUUUUUGAUGCGUUGGGACAGUGUAAACUUGACAAUGACGAUUGAC